AUGAUUGUCUACGCGAAUGAUGCAGACUUCAUCUGCAGAGACCCCGCCCUGGUCGAUCCCAUUAAGACACACGCACCGGCAGUCCUCGAACGCUGGUCACUCCAAAUGAACGCGAGCAAGACAGAACUCACAACGCUCCCACGCUGUGUGACUCCUGCGAGUACCGACCCUAAAGCCCGUGCCAAAGAAGAACACUGGAGAUCGACCCGUAAACUUGGAUCCCUGCUCGGCGACGCGGAGGAUGUAUCGCGGCGGAAAACCCUUGCAACUGGUGCUCUUCGCCGGCUCUGGACAGUCUGGCUCCGGCCACAUCACAUCACGGACAAGACGAGAAUACGGUUGUACAAUUGCUACGUGCUCCCGAUCCUCCUGUACAACUGCGGGACUUGGGCGCCCACCCCGACGGAACUACGCAAUCUGGAAAGCUUCCAUCGUCGUCAGCUCCGCGCCAUCCUUAAUGUCCACUACCCGAGACGCAUCUCGAACGCCAAUCUGUAUAAGGCCUGCAAUGAACGCCCACUACGCCACCGGAUCACCAAGGCGAGAUGGAGCCUCUUCGGCCAUAUCCUCCGCCGACCCCGUGACAUCCCCGCUUUCAGCCAAAUGAAGGCCUACUUCGCCCCCUUGGACUCUGGCAAAUGGUGCGGCCGACGACGCACCACGUUGCCGGUCGUCCUUGAUCAAGACCUCGUUGCCAGUGGAUGCGGACUCCGACUUCAGACGGACAGGGACCUGGAAAAGCUUCGAACACUCGCCCAGAACAGACGGAAAUGGAAGGACCUCAUGACUAGACUUGCCGAAUCGCUACCAGCUGAAGGAGACUCGACGUAUGCGGACACCACUCUAUGCCGCCGACUAGCUACACUGAACUUGCUAGCGCAGGGGGCCUGA